CAGCAAAUAUCUUAUUGUAAGAAAAUGGAGUGCUGAAUCAACAUACUGUCAGUAUCUACUACAUAAUCAAGUGGCUUGUAACGCCUCACGCUUCACUCUCGUCUCUUCACUGUAAUCGGAACCCGAAACCUCCUUCUCUACCCAUCCAUCAAUGGCUGCCACUAGACUCAUGGUGUCAACAACCAACAUCGGGACAUCAUCUUCACUACUCUUCAAAGCCGCCGCCUCACCAUUCUUCAAACCACGCCAUUUCAGCCUGUGCUUCAAUAACACCUCAAAGUUAGUUUCGAAGAAGAGGAGUUUCACUUGUUCGGCUCUUUACAGGCCUGAUUUCCAGAUCAAGGAGGAAGGAACGCCCGAAACCCUAGAUUACAGAGUUUUCUUCGUCGAUAAUUCCGGCAAAAAGAUUUCACCAUGGCAUGAUAUACCAUUGCAUGUUGGUGAUGGAACAUUCAAUUUUAUUGUUGAAAUUCCAAAAGAAUCAAGUGCAAAAAUGGAGGUUGCUACUGAUGAAAUCUUCACACCCAUUAAGCAAGAUACAAAAAAAGGGAAACUUAGAUACUACCCGUACAAUAUUAACUGGAAUUAUGGAUUGCUUCCACAAACAUGGGAAGAUCCAUCAUUUGCAAAUCCUGAUGUUGAUGGAGCAUUUGGAGACAAUGAUCCAGUUGAUGUGGUUGAAAUUGGUCAAAGUCGUGGGAACAUUGGUCAACUUAUGAAAGUCAAACCUUUAGGUUGUCUAGCUAUGAUUGAUGAAGGAGAACUCGAUUGGAAAAUUGUUGCAAUUUCAUUGGAUGAUCCAAAAGCUUCACUUGUUAAUGACAUUGAUGAUGUCGAGAAGCAUUUUCCGGGCACACUUACUGCAAUUAGAGAUUGGUUUAGAGACUACAAGAUUCCUGAUGGGAAGCCUGCCAACAACUUUGGUCUUGGCAACAAAGCAGCUAAUAAGGCAUACGCACUGAAAGUGAUCACGGAGACAAAUGAGUCAUGGGCUAACCUAGUCAAAAGAUCAACUCCAGCUGGGGAGCUUUCGCUUGUGUAGUAUUAAAUGCAAAAUUUCUAAAGAUUUUCAAGUUAGAAUGAGACAUUUUAAGCAAAAUUUUUUCAUAAAUCAAAGAUUUCAUUUGGUAUGAAAUGAAAUUCAAGAACUACUUUUGCAUAUUUCAUACAUGACAACUUAAGAACUCUCGAUGUCUUAUUUGGCACCUUUUUUUUCCCCUUCAAAAUUGCUCGACUUGAAAAUUAUGAUCCGGAUUCGGUUAUUUCGCCUUGGAAAAAUGUUGACUGGUCAAAAUCGAUGAUGUGGCAUUAUGAUGGAAAUUAUUUUAAAAAAUCAACAUUCGUUUAGGUCGUCUAAUCAUCGAAUGGAUUUGUCUUGUUUGACUUUUUUGGAUUUUCAAUAUCUUCAUCAUCUUUAUCAACAAAUGGAAUAAAAAUACCUGCAUAAACAAAAUAAAUAAAUAAAUAAAAAGUGGAAUUUAAUCAUGGGUUUAGGGUAUGUUUGACAAAAAUAGUUUGGGAAAAGUACCUAUACACCAUAUUCCAGCUGCUAAAAACAAUACGGUUGUCAAGAUUAAUGUGGAUGUUCUCCAGUUUCCAAUAUGGUCCUGUUAAUUAUGAAAAAAAUAUAUAUAUAUAUACAACUACUAAACUUAUUUAUUUAUUUUUUAUAUAAAAUGUAGAAAUACAAACCUGCAUAACUCCAACAAGUGGAGAGGAAGGCACAUCGCCAAAGAUAUGAAUUGAUACAGUAGAUGCAGCCAUAGCCAAUGGUCUUAAGCUUGGUUUAACAGCAUGAAUAGAAACAAAGUUUACAGGACCCUGUAGUGUGGGGAAAAAUAUUUAUUUAUUUUUUAAAGAAAAUAAUGUUUGAUCAGAGGAGAUGAUUUAAAUAAAAAGGUUUAUAUACCUGAGUGGC